CGAUAUUGUUCUAUUAGUUUCAUGAGUUUGAAUUAUCCAUCUUUUAACUGAAUUAUGAUGAAUGAAGUGCCAAGUUAGCAACUUAAAAGUGUCGUAAGAUUUAUGUGAUAAACAAAGUUAGAACCACAUGUUAGAACAGUAUAGAAUGGCAGAUCACAUAGAAAUGAUUGAGGUAGACCCAAAGUUGUUUAUUACUUGUCGCCUGUGUUUGGAGGAAAUGGGAGUGUAUCAAAUUGUACCAACAGUGCAACAACAGAUUAAAUACUGCUUUGAAAUAAAUGUUACUCCAUUUGAUGGACUUCCCCAACUUCUAUGUAAAAAAUGCAGGGUACUUUUGGAUGAAUAUUCUGAAAAUAAGAAAAAGUUUGUUGCAAAACAGGAGUCAUUAAUAACAAAACUAAAAGUCAAACAGGUGACUAAAAUAAAAUCUCCAGAUAGUCCACAUUCUAAUGAAGAACUUUCAUCAAAGUCUAGGCCAGAUUCAGUAAACAGUAAUUCAAGAAAUGACAAUAACAUAAAAUCUGUGGAUAGUGGACAUUCUGAUGAAGAACACUCAUCAAGGACUAAGCUCGAUUCAACUAACAACUCCUCGACAAAAAAAGAUGAUCCACUUUCAAUUCAGCCCCCGUCGCAAGCAAAGCAAGCAAAUAACCCAGAAUCUGACAAUGAUGAAAAUUUUAAAUUAUCAACUUUAUCAACAACAACACUGAUUACUUCUAAUAAAAAGAGAGCUCGUAUCGUGUCUAAUAGUUCUUUGGAUAGUGAAAAAUCUUUUGUUCCAAAGAAAAAGCAUCUGAUAAACUCGAAAAAAAAAUUGACAAAAUUAUACAACAAAAAAUUUAUUUGCAAUAUUUGUACAAAGACAUGUAAAAGUAGAAAUAGAAUGUUCAAACAUAUGUAUGAUCAUUCUUAUAUUAGAUGUAAAUACAAACAUAUUUUCAAUAAACCAUGUCGGGUAAGACUGAAUAGAGUGGAUAAUAAAAAUAAUAGCACUGACUUAAAUAAUACUGUUGUUUAUGACAAAGAAAAAAUUUUUCAAGAUGCUGGAAAUCAGCUUUUUCAUAUUGUAUACACUAAGCGUGAUAGAUAUUCAAAAAAAAAAUUGAAGAGUGAGUGUAUAGAGAGUUCGGAUGAAGACUUCAUUUUGACUAAAAAUAAUAAACGAAAAAUCAGGAGAAUAUCAAGAAGUUCCAAUGAAACAGUUCUUAUUGAAGACGACAGUAAAAUAUCUGAGAGCUGCGAUGGUGAAACUUUAGAGCCUCAUAGCAAAACACCAGAAAAUAAGGUAACAGAGUGUAUUAAUAUAGAUGAUUCAUCUGAUGAAAGUAAUACAGAAUUGGUUAAACAUGACCAUAAGGAAAAACCUGUUGAAAUAACAGUACAGUAUAAUGCACUUAAAACAAUAGAAAAUAUAAUUACAAACUGUCGACUGAAAUACACGAAGAAGUUAGAAUCGUCUAAACCUGGAAAUACUGAAUUUGAGUCUCAAUUAAAACACAAAAUUUUGAGUAUUGGUAGAAAAAAUAUUCAUAAAGAAGGACACUUCAAUUGUACGGGAUUGUUGAGAUAUAUGGAACACAAAAAUCUUGAUGUGAUAUGGCUACCAAAAGAUCAAGAUAAAGCAUCCCGAGAGAACUUAGUUCGAAUAAUGACUAAGUUAAAAUCUGCUAGCGAGAAUGAUAAUACAAUGGACAAAAAUGGAUGGAUUACCGUAGCUGAAAUAGAAAGCGAUAAAACAGUAAGCUCCCUAAAUACAAUAAGAGCCCUGAACGCGGUUUGUAUUUCUGAUAACACAAGCAUUUCUAAUGUAGUGCCGUCUGCAAUUUUAACUCCGUCUUCUAUCUCUGCAGCAACUACCGACACUUUUAGUACAUCGACAAUUACGCCUGUAGCAAAUUUAGAUUCGGCAAUGUUAUAUAAAAAUUGCGAUACAGAUGUAAACUCUAAAAAACUCUUGAAUCAGAAUCCAGUUGCUAAUCCGAAACAACUGCCAAAAAAGGUUCCUAAUGCAGUUGAGACAAAAUUAAUAAAUAUUAGUAGUAUAAAUGUCAUUGACACAACUACAAAUCAAUCUGUUAUUAUAAGUUUGGAUGACGAACAAAAUGCUGAUCCCGGUUUAGUUAUGCCAAUAAUAACAUCUACCACUUCACUAGCCCAAGAGUCCAAUGUUAAAAAAGAAGACAAAGAACCGGAAAAGAUUCAAAUUAAAACUGUUCCUAGGAUUAAGGUUAAACCAGUGUCCGAGUUGAUGAAUCCACCUAAUAAGAUAAACGAAAAUCAAAAUGGAGUUUGGGCUAUGAAUAGAUUUGAAAACGGUGUAACACCAACCCAAAAUUCAAGUAUGAGCAAUAUUUAUUUUCAAGUUGUACCACAAAUUCAAACUGUUCAAUCGCUACAGUUACCGACAUUAGAACGAAGCGCAGGCAUGGCUGUUAGUAGAAUAAAUUCCGAGACUGCUGUUCCACGUCCGGAAUACAUCACAUUGAACACUGUAGAACUGCCCAAUACAAGAACAGAUUCUCCAUUCAAAUAUUGUAAAGAUCUGUUACUGUUGCAUAAUAUAUUUUUGUUGGACCCUACUGUUAAUAUUUCACAAGAAUACGUUAACCUUCUAAAAAUUAGAGUUCAAUUUAAACAAGAAAAUAAAGAUAAACCUGUUGCCUUAUGUAUCUCUUUAUAUUGUUUAAGAAAUUCAUUUUGCGUUUGUAUUAAAAAUAGUAACAAUGUUGAUAUUCCAAUGACAAAAAUUUCAGCAAAAUGGCAAUGGGAAAUUAUAAAAUUGUUCCAAGGGGAAGUGUCAAAUAAAAUUUUAGAAAAUUCUUUAAAGGCAGGCCAGAUGGUAUACUUAAAUACAAACACAUUUAUAUGUCUUCUGAAAUCUAUUAAUUGUGUACAGUUAUAAAACGAAGGAUACUUUUUAUUGUUAUAAUAUCCCAUUAAUAUUAUCUUCGGUGUUACCACAGUUUUAUAUAUGUUUUUUUUGAUUUCAUGGAUGGAUCACAUUUUGUGCUGUUUCUAUUCGCUUUACACUUGACACUCGCCUGUGUUGUAAAACUAUUUAUUUGAUCAGUUAUUAUUAUCAAUAGUACAGUAACAAUAGGUAUUAUUUAUUUAAGUAAAAGAAACGGAAAAAAAUUGAUUUAUUGUAAGAUAAUUGGCUACAUGACGAUUAUAAAAAUAAAUUAUGAAAUAUGUCGGAAAUGGUAACUAAUAUGUGUAUUUUUGUUUUAAAAUAGUUGCAAGUGGAGUAGAAUCUCAUUAAACCGGCACUAUUUAAAAACCAGAGGGUGCUGGAUUAUUACAAUGUUCGAAUAGACGUGUGUCCUACAAGUGAAAAUACAGAUUUCUGUUAUAUCUUCGGAAAAUAUGAACCAUUUUGACUUAUAAAUAAUUAACAUAAUUAAUUUUAUGACACUUAUUUGAAAAAUUAAAAAAGUAGAGUAUAAUAUAUUACCGAAAUUGGCUAAAGAAUUUGGCAUUAAAUGAACAACUUUCAUUAUGACAGCUUUAAACAUAAAUGCACAAAUAACAAAGGGAUUACAAAGAUUGCUCAGUCGCCCAUAUGUUUUUCGCUACCUGUGUGACGUCACUUAGUGUCUUUAAUAUGUAGGCAACGUUUUCGGCCGACUAGCAGCCGUUCCACAAAUAUAGCACCAUAUAUCCGAAACUGUUAAUCGCAGACAUGCUGUUGCUUAUAAUUAUUUCUGAAAUAAAAAUAUUAAUGAACUAUUUAUUUAUAAAAGUGGUCAACUAGCCUUUUUAUUAUGACUGUAACAUAACUCUGUAAUUACAUGGUUUUAAAUAAUCCUUGAAUAAGGUUUG